AUGAUCCAUUACUUGUUCUUUAUAAUUCUGCUGUUAAAGGAAGAUGGUUAUGGCAAGUUUGGUGUUCUGGUGUCAGGACAGACCAAUGAAAGACGGGUUGUGUCGUAUAUGCCGGGAGACAUCAUUAUUGGGGCAUUGUUUUCUGUUCACCACCAACCCACUGUUGAAAAAGUUCAUGAAAGAAAAUGUGGAGAAGUAAGAGAACAAUAUGGUAUACAACGAGUGGAAGCCAUGCUCCAUGUACUCGACAGAAUCAAUGCAGACCCAAUACUGUUGCCAAACAUAACACUUGGAUGUGAAAUCAGAGAUUCUUGUUGGCAUAGCGCAGUGGCUCUUGAGCAAAGCAUUGAGUUCAUAAGGGACUCUCUUAUUUCAUCUGAAGAAGAGGAAGGUUUAGUUCGUUGUCUUGAUGGAUCUUCAUCACCGGUUCGAUCAAAAAAGCCAAUUGUUGGGGUUAUUGGACCUGGGUCAAGUUCUGUGGCAAUUCAGGUCCAAAAUUUAUUACAGCUUUUCAAUAUACCUCAGAUUGCUUAUUCUGCCACAAGUAUGGACUUAAGUGACAAAACUCUUUAUAAAUAUUUCAUGAGAGUUGUACCAUCUGAUGCACAGCAAGCACGAGCCAUGGUAGACAUUGUGAAAAGGUAUAACUGGACAUAUGUCUCUGCAGUUCAUACUGAAGGUAAUUAUGGAGAAAGGGGCAUGGAAGCAUUCAAAGAUAUGUCAGCCAAGGACGGUGUCUGCAUUGCUCAUUCAUAUAAGAUUUAUAGUAAUGCCGGGGAACAGAGUUUUGACAAAUUGUUAAAGAAAUUGCGGAGCCACCUUCCUAAGGCCAGAGUUGUUGUUUGUUUCUGUGAAGGAAUGACUGUACGUGGGAUUUUGAUGGCUAUGAGGAGACAAGGAAUAAUUGGAGAGUUUAUUCUUCUUGGAAGUGACGGCUGGGCAGACAGGUACGAUGUGACAGAUGGUUAUCAGCGUGAAGCAGCGGGAGGAAUUACAAUCAAGCUGCAGUCUCCUGAUGUGAAAUGGUUUGAUGAUUAUUACCUGCAGCUAAGGCCAGAAACUAAUCUCCGCAAUCCAUGGUUUCAAGAAUUUUGGCAGCAUAGGUUCCAGUGUAGGCUGAAGGGGUACCCGCAGGAAAAUCCAAAAUACAACAAGACGUGUAGCAGUCGAUUGUCUCUAAGAUCCCAGUAUGUUCAAGACUCCAAAAUGGGAUUUGUCAUUAACGCGAUAUACGCAAUGGCUUAUGGGCUUCAUAACAUGCAAAUGAGUUUGUGCCCUGGCUAUGCCGGUCUUUGUGACGCCAUGAAACCAAUUGACGGUCAGAAGCUUCUAGACUGCAUCAUGAAAGCAAAUUUUACUGGAGUUGCUAACGAUGUCAUAAUAUUUGACGAGAAUGGAGAUUCACCAGGAAGGUAUGAAAUUAUGAAUUUUAAGAAAAUGGGUAAGGAUUACUUUGAUUAUAUCAAUGUUGGGAGCUGGGACAAUGGCGAACUAAAAAUGGAUGAUGAUGAGAUUUGGUCAAAUAAAAAUACAGUGGCAAGAUCUGUGUGUAGUGAUCCUUGCGCAAAAGGAGAGAUUAAGGUUAUCCGUAAAGGAGAGGUGAGCUGCUGUUGGACUUGCACCCCAUGCAAAGAGAAUGAAAUUGUUUUUGAUGAGUACACAUGCAAGGCUUGUGAUCUGGGUUCCUGGCCAACUGAUGAUCUUACAGGAUGUAUACUAAUCCCUGUGGAAUAUCUCAGAUGGAGUGACCCUGAGCCAAUUGCAGCUGUGGUUUUCUCUUGUUUAGGACUUAUGGCUACAAUGUUUGUCACAGCUGUGUUUAUUUUGUACCGAGAUACGCCAGUAGUCAAGUCAUCCAGUAGAGAACUGUGUUACAUUAUUCUAGCUGGAAUUUGUUUGGGUUACCUUUGUACCUUCUGUCUUAUUGCAAAGCCCCAACAGAUAUAUUGCUACCUGCAAAGGAUUGGGAUUGGACUUUCACCGGCUAUGAGUUAUUCUGCGCUUGUAACAAAAACUAAUCGCAUAGCAAGAAUCCUGGCGGGAAGCAAGAAGAAAAUUUGUACGAAGAAACCCAGAUUCAUGAGUGCCUGUGCACAACUUGUUAUUGCUUUCGUCUUAAUUUGCAUUCAGUUAGGAAUAAUUGUAGCUCUUUUUAUAAUGGAGCCACCCGAUAUCAUGUUUGAUUAUCCAAGCAUCCGUGAAGUCUACCUUAUUUGCAAUACCAACAACCUUGGUGUUGUGACACCACUUGGAUAUAAUGGAUUGCUGAUAUUGAGCUGUACGUUUUAUGCUUUUAAGACUAGAAAUGUACCAGCUAAUUUCAAUGAAGCAAAGUAUAUUGCCUUUACAAUGUAUACCACCUGCAUCAUUUGGCUAGCCUUUGUGCCAAUAUAUUUUGGAAGCAACUACAAAAUUAUCACAAUGUGCUUCUCUGUAAGUUUGAGUGCCACAGUAGCACUUUGCUGUAUGUUUGUGCCAAAGGUAUACAUAAUCCUUGCAAAACCCGAGAGGAAUGUUCGAAGUGCAUUUACCACAUCUACUGUGGUUCGUAUGCAUGUAGGAGAUGGAAAGUCUUCUUCAGCUGCAAGCCGCUCCAGCAGUUUGGUUAAUCUAUGGAAAAGAAGGGGAUCAUCUGGUGAAACCUUAAGCAUUUCAUUUACUCCUGGGCCUACUCACACCUAUUGUCAGCAGCCAAUUGGAAUUUCUAAUGGGAAAUCUGUUACAUGGGCACAAAAUGAGAAGAGCAGUCGAAGUCAUCAUCUUUGGCAGCGGCUUUCUGUACACGUCAAGAAAAAAGACAGUACAAAUCAAACGGCUGUAAUUAAGCCUUUCUCCAAAAGUAGCACAGAUAAUCGAUAUAUCAGUACUUCAUUCCCAGAUUCCAGUGCCAAAAUGCUUUAUGAUGUUUCAGAAGUGGAAGAGCACUAUCCAGUGCAGUACCGACCGCAGACUCCUUCACCAAUCAGUACUGUGAGCCAGAGAGCAGCAUCAAUUGCCCGCACAGAUGAUGAUAUCCCAUCAUUUCACUCAGAUACUGCCCAAAGAAGUGGUUCUUCUCAAGGUUCCUUAAUGGACCAAAUCAGCAAUGUUGUGACCCGCUUCACUGCCAACAUCAGCGAGCUAAAUUCCAUGAUGCUGUCAUCCAAUACACCAGGAUCAAUGGUGCCCACUCCACUCUGUUCUUCCUACCUGAUCCCAAGAGAGAUUCAACUACCUACAACCAUGACCACCUUUGCAGAGAUCCAGCCUCCUCCUGCCAUCGAAUUUAACGGUGGGUCACAAUCUACCAGAAAAUCUUCUGACAGCGUCAAAGAUAGCACUACUGAGGCAACAGUAGUAAAGCAGGAUGUAGAGGAGUUGGUAGCCUUAACUCCUCCCUCACCUUUUAGAGACUCCAUUGACUCAGAAAGCACUUCCCCUAGUUCCCCAGUCUCAGAAUCAGCUCUCUGUACUCCAUCAUCUCCCAAAUAUGACAGUUUGAUCCUAAGAGAUUAUUCUCAAAGCUCAUCCUCCUUGUGAAUGUAAUUCAAGAUAAUAUUGGAUGAUCACAAAUAUAAAUAUGGGAUUAAUGGAAACCUUAGAUCUUAAAAGAGAGUACAUCUUUAGUCAAUAAU